AUAUCAACACGAUUAACAAAAACUCACGCCUCCCUUACUUUUCAAUAUCCCAGUUCAUCUCCUACAUUAUCAAAGAAAACUCAAACGUUGUUCAAGAUUCAAGAAGAAGAGAAAAGAUGUGUCCCAUGAGGUUCCUCUUGGUGUUUUUCUCCGCCGUUUUGGCGGCUUACAUCGCCUGGAAAUCAGUUCCUACAUCUUCGGAGCCCUCCCAAGACAUGUUUUCCGAUGAUGACUCAUCCAUCAAAAAACAAGAAUCUAACAUCAUCAAGAUGGCUCAAGCUGGAUUCUGGGGAUUUGUUGAUAUGGCGAGUGGAAAGUAUCUAUGGAGAAACCUAAACCAGAUUAAGCAAGACUCAAAAGUCAAGAGUUCGUAAUCCUUGGGAUUUCAGAAGAAAACCCGACCCAUUUUUCAUGUAUUGAUAUGAGAAAAUCAAACAAUCCGCUUUGCUUGUGGUGUUUCUGAAUUUCUUGUGUAUCCAUGUCAUGUAUAAAAUCCUCUUCUUAUUCAUUAUAUUUAUGUGAAAAUUAUGCAUCUCAAGAUGCUACCUAUCUAAUUCAAUCACCAACUACUUGUUGAAAAAAAUAUUUCA